UCCCGGUGGAGUUCAGGGACUCGAAAACAUUCUGUACUUUCGGCAAAUCAACUGCAGAAAUGUUUUUAGACUUAGACGCCAAUGACGCUUCAAAGCCGGCUGUUGGAAUAGUGAUCGCAGUUAUUUCCAGUUUCAUUAACGGCUCGACUUUUGUGCUGCAGAGAAAGGGAAUAUUACUCUCGCGCCAAAGAGGUGUUUCUUACUUAAAAGAUGUGGUUUGGUGGAGCGGCACUGUGUCCAUGGUUAUAGGUCAAAUUGGGAAUUUCCUGGCCUAUAAUAUGGCCCCUGCUGUGAUCGUCACACCACUGGGAGCCCUUGGAGUUCUGUUUGGGGCCGUGCUGUCGUCUUGGCUCCUGGAGGAACACUUAAAUAUCCUCGGGAAGCUUGGCUGCCUGUUGUGUUGUAGCGGCUCCGGGGUGCUCGUCCUUCACGCGCCAGCGUCAGAGUGUGUGACGUCACGACCAGAGCUGGAGGAAAGACUCACAGACCCAGUGUUUGUGAGUUACAUGCUGGUGGUGGUGCUGAUGCUGCUGGUGCUGAUAGGAUGGAUGGCUCCGGCUUACGGCACGUCCAACAUCAUGGUCUACGUGUCCAUAUGCUCCCUGCUGGGGAGUUUCACCGUGCCCAGCAGCAAAGGCCUGGGACUGGCAGCCCAUGAUGUCUUUGGCGGGGAAGCAUGGAGCGCCCGUACCCUCGCACUCUUCCUGGUACUACUGGGAACGCUGGGCAUCAGCGUCCUGGUCCAGUUCAUCUUCAUCAACAAGGCGCUGGAGUCUUUCCGCUCUGAUGUGUUUGAGUCUGUUUACUACGUGACCUUCACCUUGGCGGCUAUGCUGGCGUCAGCGCUGCUCUUCAAGGAGUGGACGGCGCUCACGGCGAGCGACUGCCUUGCCGUGCUUUGCGGUUUCACCACGGUGUGCGUGGGGGUCACUCUUCUACGAAUGUCUCAGGAGGCCUCGCUUUCUUGGAAGGUGGCGGGGACGUGCAUGAAGAUGGAGUGAUUAAAACGGCUUUUUAUGAAAAGAUACAUUUCAAGCGUAGCUUUCAUUCAGACACAAAUGUAGCCGUAUAUAUUUAGCCAAAAUGUCUAAACUACGAUGCCACAACAUAAACAAUACAAAAAAUUGUUGUUUUACAUAAAAGUAACAAUUUUUAACCAUCAACUAUUUACAAUUUUCACAUUUGGAACUGUAUUGUCUGUGCGAACGCGUUUGCAUCUCACCCACUGUACUGUGAUUGGUCACACACCCCAAGUGCUAACUAUGAACCAUAUAAGGAAGUCCCCUCUCUGUGACAUCACAAAGGAACAGUUUUACCACGCCUUUUGAAACCGAGCGUUCUGAGCCAUCCCAAACUUCCUCAUUUCAAAAUGCUCAAACCUCAUUAUCUGAAUCUUUGGCAUCAUUUAACACCAGAAUACAACAU